AUGGAAGGUCCCGCCGGACCAUCACCAUGUUGUAUGGGAAAUAGUGCGAAAUCUAUGGAAAGGCUUAGUGUGGAAAAUAAUUGUGAAUGUGACAGAACACAGAAUGAAGUCAAAAUAAAGAGUAAGAGGUACGGCAGAGGCGCCGUUGAAUCUGGGUUAACACACGAGUGCGGCGUCUUUGGAGCUAUUGGGACGGGAGAAUGGCCGACACAAGUAGACGUAGGCCAAGUUAUAUGCCUUGGACUGGUCGCACUGCAACACAGAGGGCAAGAAUCAGCGGGUAUAGUGACGUCAGAGGGCAAGAGUUCACGCACGUUCAACACACACAAGGGCAUGGGCCUUAUCAAUAAUAUAUUUAAUGACGAAGCAAUGAAAAAGUUGAAAGGCAACCUUGGAAUCGGUCACACUAGAUACUCGACGUCGGCCGCGUCCGAGGAGGUGAACUGCCAGCCGUUCGUGGUGCAUACAGCACACGGCGAGCUCGCCGUCGCGCACAACGGGGAGCUCAUCAACUGUAGCAGCCUACGCAAAAUGGUACUUGGGCGUGGAGUAGGAUUAUCGACUCACUCAGAUUCCGAGCUCAUCACACAAGCUCUCUGCUUGAACCCUCCGGAGGGAGAGAACAAUGGCCCGGACUGGCCCGCCAGAAUCAACAAUCUUAUGAGGCUGGCUCCUCUAAGUUACUCUUUAGUAAUAAUGCUUAAAGACAAGAUAUAUGCUGUGCGGGACCCGUACGGCAACCGCCCGCUGUGCCUCGGCAAGAUACUGCCUUUGGGGUCUUCAUAUGUCUACAAAUCAUCAUCAUCGAAGCAUGCGGCGGUUUUAAUGAAUGGGAGUGCGAAAAAUGGCGUAGACGAUAAGGCGGAAGGGUGGGUGGUGUCGUCAGAGUCUUGCGGCUUUCUUUCUAUUGGCGCACGUUAUGUACGAGAGGUGUUGCCAGGAGAGAUAAUAGAAAUGUCACGGCACGGCAUCCGCACCGUGGAUGUGGUGGAGCGUCCCGCCUCCAAACACCAGGCCUUCUGCAUCUUUGAAUAUGUUUAUUUUGCGAGGGCCGACAGUAUUUUUGAGGGUCAGAUGGUGUACUCUGCGCGGCUGCAGUGCGGGCGCAUGCUGGCGCGCGAGUCGCCCGUGGACGCCGACAUCGUGUCGUCCGUGCCCGAGUCCGGCACGGCGGCGGCGCACGGGUACGCGCGGCAGUCAGGCAUACCGUUCAUGGAGGUCCUCUGUAAGAACAGAUACGUGGGACGCACCUUCAUCCAGCCGUCCACGCGCCUGCGCCAGCUCGGCGUCGCCAAGAAGUUCGGAGCGCUCUCCGAGAACGUGGUCGGGAAACGCAUCGUACUCAUAGACGACUCUAUUGUACGAGGAAACACUAUUGGACCCAUCAUCAAGCUUUUAAGAGACGCGGGCGCGGCUGAGGUUCACAUCAGGAUAGCGUCUCCGCCUCUCAAAUAUCCAUGUUAUAUGGGUAUCAACAUCCCUACCAGGGAGGAACUCAUCGCCAACAAGAUGGACUCUUUUAAGCUAGCUGAGCAUGUUGGUUCAGACAGUCUCGAAUAUCUAAGCGUGGAAGGUCUAGUGAGCGCAGUGCACUACAACAUGAAGGUUGCGCCCAGCGACGGCGUGGGCGGGCACUGCACCGCCUGCCUCACCGGCGACUACCCCGGCGGCCUGCCCGAAGACGUCGACUGG